GGGUGUACGUGCAUGUACCGAAACUUUCUUCAACCCACCAUAAAGCCGGCUUCUGGGCCGCUCCAAGUCUUUCAUUUUUCUUCUCUCUUCUUCGCCAUUUUUUUUCCCUAUCUCAUAGGGUUUGAUCCAUCUCCUUCGCCUUUCUCUCAUGCAUUCACCAUCUCAGGCUGAAUUCGUCUUGCUGUUGUUCUUCCUCUUCGUUUCCGCUCUCCUUUUUGCUCUCUUUCGAGGGUUUUUGGGUGCAAAUCCGUGCAGAUUCCACUUCCCAGGGUUUUUUGAGCUAUACUCAUGUCGAAGCUCUUCGAAUAUUCCGGUAGUGAAGACUUUUGUCCUGGGAGUUCGAUGUACACAAAUCCCAAGGACUCGAGUUUAUUCUUGUCCCUUCCUCACCAUGUUGAUCUCUAUUUUCCCCCUCGCAAGAGGUCUCGCAUCACUGCUCCAUUUGUGUUUGGAUCAAAGGCUAAUGACUCUAUCGACAUUCUUCCAGAUGAGUGCCUAUUUGAGAUCUUCAGACGAUUGCCUGGUGGCAAAGAAAGGAGUGUCUGUGCAAGCGUUUCUAAAAAAUGGCUCAUGCUUUUGAGCACUAUUUCUUGCCACGAAUUGAAGUCUGAGGAUGAGGCAGCCUCGAAGGAGGCUGAAGACAUUGAAAUUGAGAGUGAUGGAUAUCUGUCCAGACGUUUGGAAGGGAAGAAUGCGACAGAUCUGAGGCUUGCUGCUGCUGCUGUUGGAACUGCAAGUCGAGGAGGCUUAGGCAAGCUCGUGAUCCGUGGAAAUAAUCAGAUCAGCAAGGUGACCGACCUUGGACUUAAGGCAAUUGCUCGUGGAUGUCAAUCUCUGAGGGCUCUUUCUUUGUGGAAUCUGUCGUCCAUUGGAGACGAAGGUCUUUGCGAGAUUGCCAAGGUUUCUCACCAAUUAGAGAAGCUUGAUCUCUGUAAGUGUCCUGCUAUAUCUGACAAGGCUGUGAUUGAGAUAGCAAGAAACUGCCCGAAGUUGACCGAUAUUACCAUAGAAUCUUGUGCAAGAAUUGGAAAUGAGAGUAUGCGAGCUAUUGGGCAGUACUGCCCGAAGCUGAAGUCUAUCGCGAUUAAAGAUUGCUCACUUGUUGGAGAUCAAGGAAUUGCCAGUUUAUUGUCUUUGAACACUUGUGCUUUGAACAAGGUGAAGCUUCAAGCUUUGAACAUUUCUGAUGUGUCCCUCGCUGUUAUCGGGCAUUAUGGCAAGGCAGUUACCGACCUUGCCCUCACCGAUCUAAAGAACCUUAGUGAGAAAGGGUUCUGGGUCAUGGGCAAUGGUCAUGGACUACAAAAGUUGAAGUCAUUCACAAUCUCCUCCUGCAAUGGAGUAACAGACAUGGGACUUGAAUCUGUUGGAAAGGGUACUCCAAACUUAAAGCAUUUCUGUCUAAGGAAAUGUUCAUUUUUAUCCGACAAUGGUCUGGUCGCUUUUACGAAAGCUGCCAGGUCGCUCGAGUGCUUGCAAUUGGAGGAGUGCCACAGGAUUACUCAAUUUGGGUUCUUUGGUGUUCUUUUGAACUGCAGUACAAAUUUGAAGGCACUUUCUCUCAUAAGCUGCUUGGGAAUUAAGGACAUUAGCUCAGAAUUGCCCAUCCAAGCAUCGAGCGGAUCCUUGAGGUCGUUGACCGUUCGUAACUGCCAUGGUUUUGGCAACAGAAACCUUGCUUUACUGGGCAAGCUGUGUCCUCGGCUGCAGAACGUCGAUUUUAGUGGACUUGUUGGAAUUGAUGGUUGUGGGUUUCUACCUUGGCUUCAAAACUGUCAAUCAGGUUUGGUGAAGAUCAAUGUCAGUGGUUGUGUCAACCUGACUGACAAAGUGGUUUCAUCCAUAAUCAAGCACCAUGGUUGGACCCUCGAAAUGCUUAAUCUCAAUGGUUGUAGGAAGAUCACCGAUGCUAUCUUGACAUCCAUUGCAAACAACUGCCUGUUAUUAAGUGAUCUUGAUGUCUCGAAAUGUUCGAUCACAGAUUCAGGGAUUGCAGCUCUAGCCCGUUCCACGCAACUGAAUCUACAGAUCUUUUCAGUUUCUAGUUGCUCAUUCGUAUCUGAUAAAAGCUUGGCAGACUUAAUAAAAUUGGGUGAUACUCUUAUGGGUCUGAACAUCCAGCACUGCAAUGCAAUCAGCAGUAGCACUGUUGAUCUGCUUGUGGGGCAGCUAUGGAGGUGCGACGUUCUUUCAUAAAACUGAUAACGAACCUAGUCGAAGAAUUCAGACCGUAACUUGCCAGCUGUUCCGAUCGGGGGCGGCCUGUUCAUUAAGUUUUGGGGUAUAAUCAAUCACCAAGGAUCGAUCAUCCCAGUCCAAUACAAUUCUGGUUCUUUUAUUCCAGGGUAUAUGGCCAUUUCCCUCUCUUUUAUUUUUUUUGCAGAUCUUCAACUCCUUGGAGAUCUGUUGCCUAGUAGAGGGAUGAACCACUUCGGAUGGCCAGUUUUCCCCAAGAACAUUGGUACCAGAAUCCGUGUCGGCUCUGGGUUCGCCCGCCCCUCGAAGUUUGCCACGUCAUAGGUGCAUGUUUUUCCUUUCUCUCUGGUUAAUAUUUUAGUAGUCUAGUUCUAGAAAUUAGUAUGCGUGUCAUGGUUUUGGUUUAUUAGUAGGAUUUUCCUCGAAAGGGUUAGGGAGGGGUCGUUGUCAUUGUUGUGGUUGCUUGUACAGUUGUGAAAGUAUGGUGCCUUCUGUUUCCAUAGGCUUUGGCCAUCACAGCCCAUUUGGGUUGUUUUUUUUUUUCCAAUUGCCAAGCCCUAUUGUUUGCGGUGCCUCUUUCUUUUUUUUUUCCCUCUUUGGUGAACUGUAACUGUACAUGCAAGCUCUCCUCAAACAUGUAAUAAAACCUCACAUCCCUGCCCUUUUGUGUUUGUAUGUCUGCGUCUUUCUUUAUGUAAUGAUAUUUUACAUUUGAGAAUAAAAAAGUUGUCCAUUUUGUAUUCAA